AUGAACUACGCGCAAGGAAAUCCUUAUUCCAACACCUACAACCCAGGAUGGAAAAAUCAUUCAAAUUUCUCCUACAAGAAUAACAAUAUGUUAUACGCUCCACAAACACCUCCUGGUUUUCAAAAGCCAAAUCAAACUGCACCUCAGGCUGCACCUCAAGCACCCCGAAAGUCCAACCUUGAGAUAAUAAUGGAAAACUUCGUUGCUACUCAAACACAACAAAAUAAGAAAUUUAUGAACCAAAACAUACACACCUCUGAAUUAGUGAAACAAUUAGCAACCAAAGUAGAUGCCUUGGCCACACAUAACAAAAUGUUAGAAACCCAGAUUUCUCAAGUAGCCCAACAACAAGCAACAACUGCUGCUCCUGCUGGAGUUUUUCCUGGUCAACCACAACCUAACCCAAAAGGUCAUGCUAAUGCUCUCACAUUACAAAGUGGAACUGAAUAUGAUGGACCAAUAGAUCCUAGAAUCCAAAAUAAACCAAUGUCUCAACAAAAGGAUAAGGAAACCGAUGAGGCACAAAGCAAUGAUGAAGUAGAUAAACCUACUGAGCCAGAAACCAUAGCUAGAGAUGAAGCUGAAAAGGCAAAACCUUACGUACCUCCACCACCAUAUAAACCACCUAUUCCUUUUCCUCAAAGAUUAGCCAAAUCUAAAACUGAAGGACAAUUUAAGAAAUUCGUGGAACUUCUGAAGCAAUUAAAUAUAACAAUACCCUUUACAGAAGCCAUAACACAAAUGCCAUCUUAUGCCAAAUUUCUUAAAGAGAUACUGUCCAACAAGAAGAAACUUGAGGAUAAUGAGACAGUGAUGCUUACUGCGGAAUGUAGCGCUAUUAUCCAAAACAAUAUGCCACCUAAGCUGAAAGACCCUGGUAGUUUUUCUAUACCCUGUGUAAUAGGAAAAUUUGUCAUAGACAAAACACUCUGCGAUUUAGGGGCUAGCGUGAGUUUAAUGCCGCUUUCGAUCUGUAUGCUAGAAAACAUUCCCGUUAGGAUAGGUCAAUUCUAUAUUCCCACAGAUUUCAUCAUUAUGGAUAUUCAAGAAGACUCAAACAUUCCUAUCAUACUGGGAAGACCUUUCUUAGCCACUACUGGUGCCACCAUCGAUGUGAAAAGAGGGAAGCUAACCUUCGAAGUCGGAGAAGAGAAGAUUGAAUUCAUUCUUUCUCAAUUCCUCAAAGCACCUUCUAUAGUUGAUACAUGCUGUUUUGUUGACAUAAUUGAUGAGUGUGUAAAGGAAAUAAAGUCCGAACCACAUGAGGAAACUGAAAUCCUAAGAAUUCCUAUACCGCCUAUCCUAGAAGACGAUAACUGGCGUGGGGAAUAUCAAGAUAACCACCUAAGUUAA